GAGGCAUUCAUCCAGCAGCUGGAGGUUGUGGUGAGGAAGAAAAACGUAAAGAAGGUUUGGGUGGAUGAACAGUGGUGUACGGAGAAGGAGAUGAGGGAAGAGUUGAACUGGUCUUCGAAAAACAUGUAUGACAAAGCGGAAGAGUACCUUGUGGUGGUGUCGGAGAAGGGUCAGCGAGAGCAGACCAAAGAACAGGAAGAAAUCCAUCGCAAAGUGGGCAAGGCUGACACUGCUCCUGAGUUGGAACCAGACGCCUUCGAUGGCGUCGAGCGCAUGGCAGCUAGGAUUCAGGCUGAGAAACGUGAUAGUCUAGACGAAGCUGCUGAAGCCUCCGAGGCUCAGGAAGUGGAGGCGGGCCAACAUGCAUGA